AUGCUUCCAGGCUUGUCCGGGUUGGAGAAAUCGCUCCGCGACCCCGAGUUUCCGGUGCGCGUGCGUGCGGCCGUUGACAUUCGACACUAUUUGCGCAAUGAGAGGGCCGCCGCCCAAAUCAAGCCUAACGUCGCUGAUUUGCUCAAGCUGCUCUUCACAUUGCUAGACGACAUCGAUAACACUGAUCUCGUCGCCACGAUCGACCAAGUCAUCUUGAGGUUCGGUGAUGACAUCGUACCAUUUGCGCUCGAGCUAUGCUCGCGCCUUGUCAAGGCCUUCUCGCGAACCGCUUCUGCAGAGCAGGGAGAUGAUGAGGCUUGUUAUGCGGCGACGCAGUGCCUGCAUACCCUCGAUUCAAUCGUAGCCACCGUCUCCCUUUCCAACCUGACAGGGACCAUCCCGCUGCUUGCAGAAAUUGAGCGCAUGACGUUCACCAUCUUUGACCGCAUGUUUGACGACGAACGCAUGGAGCUGUUUGAAGAUACACUCGGCCUGUUGGCUACUUUUGUGCAUUAUAGCGGCCGGGAGCGGGGGUUCCACUUGCGCGAGUGCGCGGAAGCAGGGGUCGAACCUCACAAGGCCGUGUUGGGACUACCAGCCACACCGGACCAAGAGUACCCUUUGCAAGUGGUGGUCCAAAAUUCUGUUUUGCGACAGGCCGUUGAGGUUGACGCUCUGAAAGGACGGGGCGCAGUGAGCCCCGCGCUGUGGUCUUUCUUCCCGCGGGCCAUGCAUGCGUUCCACGAAUGGGCACAUGAAAAUUGCACCUACUACAUCCACUUUCUCCAGGCCUACCUCUCCAGGUCGCCACGCGUGUUCAUGGUAGAUCAAGAGGCAAAGGAAAGCCCAGUGCAGUUGUUGCUCGGGAUGAUUUCAUUCUUGUGGGAUGGUGCUCGAAUAAGGGAUCUGGACUGUGCCGUGACAGGCAGCUACCUCGUCGCGCUCUUCCUGCAGCACUCCCGGCAUCUAGAGGGCGUUUCCAUCGACCGCGAGAUCGCCGUGCUCUCCCAGCUGCUUGUUCGAGAAAUUCGGGCAUGGCCUCAAGUUGAGUAUGUGGUCGCUCCCCUACUGAGGUCAUUGUCCCAUCUCCUGUACAUUUCACCGAUUGUUACCUUGACAGCUAUAGACAAGGUGCCCGGGUGCAUGGAAGACGUGUUCACAUUGUGGGUUUCCAGAGUGCGAGAGAAUCACAUGGAUUGGUGGUAUGACCGAAGAUGCAGUGCUAUUGCUCUCACCUCCAUUUUGGGCUCCGACUGGAAUUCUGUGCCAUCAUCUAUUCGGCAGUCAAUUCCAGAGCUCUUGCGCACGAUCGUUCAGAUCCUAGACGUCCCUCUCACAGCGCCGAGUGGAAAUGCGCUCACUGGAGUGGACGAAAACAUCGAUGAGGGGUCAGUAGGCGGACCCCUGGCAGGUAUCUCUUCCGGUUCUGCCCUCGGUUGCUUACCAGGGGCAGAUAUCGAAGGGUCUGAAGGCGAUGGGGAUGACCUUUCCCCGCCUCCCAUGAAUGGUGCGCCGCCGGCAAACCGAUCAGAUGAUGGGGAGGACCUGAUGUUUUCCUUGCUGCGUGAAGUCGAUGAGUUGCUGUUCUUUGAGUCGGUAAUUCAGCGACUGCCGCCAUCGGCGUCCCAACAGCUCGAGAGAGCGAUUCCUAUGCAAGACAACAAGCGCGUUCAGUGCACUCUUCAUCGAGCGGCAGAGUUGCGAAGAGCACGUCUCAUCACGUAGUGUCUUGGAAGGGGAAAGGGGCUGAAGAGAAAGAAAUCGCAUUUUUUUAUUCUGUAUCGUAGUGUAUAGAUCGUGGCGGCGGAGCAGGUGUCAGUUAUGGGUCUGGCCACCUUUUGUCCUUGGGACGUCUGUCGAAAGAUGCUGCUAUAUCACGGAAAUAGGGAUAUAUCUAUCGGGCAAUGCACAUACAUGUUCUGGCCUUGGACCCUUUUUUGGCAACUCUGAGUCGCGAGGUUUGCUGUAGCCAUUUGAGGCAAGCCUUUCUCUGUUUCAUUGUAGAGAGUACCGUUGUACUGUACAGUAGCUACUGUAUUUCCCUCAGCGAUUCUGCCUCUGCCUUGUUUUAUUUUGUAGAGUACGUAUAAAGAGAGAGCUAAUAUUUGCUCGAUCCUGAAACCCCAAA